ACCCUUCUCCCAGUUGUGUAACCUCCGCCCUUAGAUCUACUCCGUUCUGUGGCACUUCGUUCAGCGGAGCCGAACCCAGUGCCUGACAGUCGAGUUUCAAAGCUUGCCGCCCUUUCCGCCGAGAUGGGAUGAUCUCCUGAACCAUCCGCAAAGUUUCAAGCGCGUUUAUUAUUUAAAAUAAAAACCUUUCGUUAUGCUUGAAGGGCUCGUCGCCUGGGUGAUCAACAACUACCUGGGCAAGUAUGUCGAGAACCUCAACACAGACCAGCUCAGCAUCGCCAUCCUCCAAGGUGCUGUUGAGUUGGAAAAUCUACCAUUAAGGAAAGAUGCGCUGAGGCAGGUCGGUUUGCCGAUUCAGGUCAGGGCUGGGCUUAUUGGUAAAGUGAAACUCAAGAUACCUGUGAGCCAAAUCACAAGCGCACCAUGGGAGAUUUACAUGGAAAAACUGUAUGUUGUGGCAGGCCCUAUUCGUCUAACAGAGCUGGACGAAGAGGCGGAAGAGCAGGCGUUUCAAGACUACAAGCUAGGACAGCUCGAUGCUGUGGAGGCCUUGUGGCGGUCAGAGACAGAGACCUCCCAGGACACCAGCUAUUAUGCAACAAGCUAUUCCUCAUGGUUUGGCUUGAGCAUGAACUUUGCGGCGAACAUAAUCGAAAACCUUCAGUUGAAUGUUAAAGAUGUCCACAUACGUUAUGAAGAUGACAUGACGAUUCCCAACAAGGUGUUCGCUUCUGGGAUCCAUAUCGAAUCGCUAUCUGUUCAAAGUUGCGACAACUGCUGGAACCCUUGCUUCAUAUCCACGUCGACCUCUUCGGAAUCGUUCAAACUGAUGGAGAUGUCCGGAUUUUCCGUUUAUUGGGAUCAGAUAGAAAAAUCAGAUCUUUGGGGUGAUCUUGCAUUAUUGGACUUAGCAGUAGCAAUGAAUAAUAAAAAACUAGCUCAUGAGUAUAUCUUAAGUCCAGUUAAUGCAAAAGCGCAGGUCAAAAGAAACAGGAGUGAAAAACCUUUAAGAUCAAGAGUCAGUCCUAGGAUCGUAUGUGAUCUCACUCUAGAUCAAGUUCCUUUAACACUUACGGAGGUACAGUACAGUGAGAUGGUGAGAUGCAACAGAGGCCUGAAAAGCCUGCAGAGACGGCAUGGACAUUUCAGGGCUCGUCCUAAGGUGUCUGUGCAUGAAAAUGCAAAGCUCUGGUGGUUGUAUGCCAUUGGUAGGGUGGUCAAGCCUCAACCGACAUGGGAAUCAGCAUACCAAAGAGCAAAAGACAAUAUUGCUUAUGUUCAACUUUACUCCAGGCUUUUGACAAAUUCCACUUCUCCACUUUCCCCCGAGGUCAAAGCUUUCAAAGACAGAAUAGAGUGGGAGAGGGAUUUUGAAGAAUUAAAAGCUCUCAGGGGUGUUGCGAUGAGUCAAACACGGCCUGUUAAGAAUAGCAAAGCUUCAACCAACUCGCAAGUACAGGGUGUGAGUAUUCUCAGCAGGUGGUUUCCCGGUUGGCAGUCGUCACAGCCCACACCAGCCUCACCACAGAACCUUGCUCUAGAAGAAAAGAUCCUGGACGCUCUGGCCGACUCAAUUGAGAACAACACUAUCCUCAAAAGAGAUACGGUGUUUGGUCAGUUUAACUUCACCUUACAGCAGGGUGCUUUUAACCUGUGCACCGAUUCAAGAAAUCCACUCAUGGAGUUGCAGUUCGAGAAUGUUACAGUGAGGUUUGAAUCGCGACCAAGAACAGGGUCGCAUGGUUUCAACAUAUCAUUGGGAGCACUGUUCCUCAAAGACCACCUUUUUAAGGAUUCAGCAUUUCCUGUUUUGAUAUCUCCUCAGAGAAGUGAGUCGGCGCCUUCAGGUAGGCAGGCUAAAAUGCUUCCCCCUGGUCUUGCAAAGCUCGUAAAUACAUCUCAGAACACGUCGAAUGUUAAAGAAGAACCUUUGUUCCAGUUUAACUACGAAUAUAAACCGUUUAACAGUUCUGCAGACCGGAGGUUAGAGAUAAAAUCGAAAUCCCUAGACAUUGUUUACAAUCCAGGGGCAACAAAAUGGAUAGUUGAAUUUUUCACAGGCCCGCAUGUCGUGAUGGAUUCUGGCCUGAGACAGGCUGCCCGACAAGGAUAUCACGCUGUGAAAAGAAAAACAAAACAACAGCUUCUCAGCAACUGGGAUCAAAUUGUACAUGGACAUUCUACCAAUAAAAGAGGAUGGGACAUUGAGUUGGAUAUCUCAGCCCCGCAGAUAUUCCUAGUGGAGCAUUUCAAUGAUAAAAAUGCCUUGCUCUGCGUCGUCGACUUCGGCAAGUUGCAUUUUACCAACCGUCAACUCGAGUCAGUCCCACUUGUACAGAACACGUCUGAGUUGAGCGUUGAAGAAGAAGAAGAGGAAGCAUUUCAGACGCCUUGCUCAACUCCACCGGGAAGCGAAGCCAGCUCUGCGGCAUCGUCGAGAAACCAGUCUGUGGACAUAACCAACUUAAAUGAACUUAUACUGCAUAAUAAAUUAUAUGAAAGGUAUUUAAUUGAGCUUUCUGAGCUUCAAAUUCUUGUCGGUUGUGUAAGGGACAAUUGGAAAUACGCUCAUGUCAGGGGCACCUCUUCCCUUCACAUUUUAGACAAAUUUAACAUAUCUUUACAGAUGGAAAGGAGAGUCGUUCACACAAUAGAUCCACAAUAUCCGAGUUUGACUAUAACCGGCAAUCUGCCCAAACUCGUGGCACACAUCAAUGAAGAUAAAGUAAAAGCGAUCAGAACUCUCAUCGAUGUAAUUACAGGAAAAGGGCUCAUUUCUUCUCCUAGGUCUCAAGACAAUAGCCCUGGAGAAGAGAUGCCUUUGGGAGGAUCACUGGAAGACGAGGGCUAUAUCGCAGAAGAUGAUCUUGACAUUGGAGCCAAGCUCUUGAUGCUUCAGUUCUCAGUGGACCAAAUGGCUCUUGAGGUUCAAUCAAGAGGAAGGAGUGUUGCCGAACUUCAAGUCAACGGUGUAAGGGUUUCAUUCACAAAGAGGCCUUUUGAUACGAGCAUUUCACUCAGCGUUCAUGGCCUUUUACUUGUAGACGCCCUUCAGACUUUCGGGCCUGAUUUUGAACUUUUAGUCGCAAGUCACAAACAUGUAGGAAUGGACAGUGUCAGUGGAAGCCUUCAGGAUAGUGAGCCAACAUCACCAACGUCGCCAGCCUCCCCUGAUCCUGAGGUCAUGUACAAAAUGAAUAAGGGCCUCACAUCUCCGGUUGCCAUUUCACAAGCUUUAAGCAGCAUCACUCAUAACAAAGUCAAGUCGCCUGUUAAAAUACCUUCGCCGCCACUGGUCAGAAUUCCGCCUCUGCUCCUUCACGACAUGCCUGACUCAGAAGCCCUCAUCACAGUUGAAUUUACUUUCAUAAACGCCAAUUGCCCUACAAACGAAGCCAAGAGGGAGCAUCUCCAAAUAGCAAACAUACAGUUCAACAAUUUAGACAUUAUCGCGAAUCAAGAGACAAUUGUCGAACUUGUUGGAUUCGUUCAUAGGGUUUUCCCUAAGCAAAAAUCAACUUUGAAAAUUGCAACUCCUCAACCACAAUGUGAUUUUACUGAUGGAGAAGUCAGUAGAAAAAGCUCGACGGCAUCUUUUGCUGUCUCAACUCGGACUGAGCUGACAUUUGACUUUCAUCGUCUCAACAUACUUCUUUUGAGAGCAGUCAUAAAAGAAACAGGCGUAAUCGGAAGGAAAAUUGCUACUGCCACAUUAACAGAAGCGAAAAUCCAUGCUAAUGUCGGGUCGUCCCUGGAAGUAACUGGAUCUCUUGGAGGUCUUCAGGUGUUGGAUUUGACACCUGAAGGUCAGACGCAUCAGAGGAUUUUAAGUUUAGGCAACGAUCCACUUGUGGGGCCUACAAAAAACUCAAACAUCCUUGCAUUUAUCGCCUCAGACUUAUACAACAUGGCUGGUUAUUCUGGACAGCCAGUUCCUACCAAUCAGGCUUUUAGCUUUUCUGUGAAAAGGACUUCAUUUAAUGAAGAUAGUGAACUAGCUGAAAUUAGUAUAAGGAUGGCUUCGGUUUGGUAUGUACUUUCACCUCCUCUUUUGAUGGAACUGAAGUCCUGUGCUGUCGAGUUCAAGCAGUACUUGGCCAACCUCUUUGCAUCGAUUAAAUCGGCAGCGACUGAAAUGGCCAUGGGCAUCGUACACUCAAGGGCCGAAGCACUAGCACAGAGCCUCUCCAUGGGAGGAAGGCUUUACGGUUCUUCAGGCGAUAUCUCGCAAACCCCUCGUAAACGCCGAAGCCUCUCUCACUCUACAGAGCAUAUGGAAAGCCUCAGAGGUUCUGUUACACCUCAUAGUCCGGCUGAAAAUACAUGCAACACUAUUAUCAAAUGGGACAUUGUUCUUGCAAGUCCUGUGGUUAUUUUACCAAGGAAACCUUCAAGUACACAGUGCGUAGUCGCACAUCUUGGAAGUAUAUCUUUGAAAAAUUCCGACAUCUCGCCAUCUUCAAGCCCCUGGGAUUCAAACCCGUACACGAUGCAAAAGUAUAUUGUUAAUAUCAGCUCGAUGUAUCUGUACACACUAGACAUUAGUCACCGUCUGAUGAACAAUGCGGAUUGCCCGCUUUUAAGAGCCGAAGAUUUAUACGGGAGCAGCAGUGACGGCACCCCAGUAUUGCAUAAUACAAGCAUACAGUUGACUGUGAUCCAUGAGUUGAGCCACGUGCGAAUGAAGCAUCAAGACGAUAUUUUAUUUGAUUCUCUAACAGACCUUAUGCUUAUAGAUCAGCAAGAAACAUUACAGAUAAAAGGAAAUGUAGUCCGAGACAUCAAAUUCUCCUUGUCUCGUGCCCAAUAUGAACAGAUGCUCGAUACGAUCGACACAUGCUUGCAAUCUUUAAAGGAAGACAUAGUGGAAUCAAGCAAUCUGGGACGUAGCGGCCUUGAAAACAUAUUGGAAGAACCUGAAAUCCAUACAGGAGUCUCGACGCUAAGCAUGGAUCCUGCAUUAAGAGCCAGAAUGCUUGUGGCACACCCAACGAACAGAGUUACCCAACAAGUUCCUUCUCAAUCUAUAUCUCUUUCAGUUGAAUUUGAGCUUCCUCUAUUGACGCUUGAGCUGAUCGCUGAUCUUGGCUCAGGGGAACAGAAGUUUGUCGAGCUUUCUUUUAAAGAUUUGAUCGUCCAGUUCGAGCGUGCACACACUCUUGAGACCACGAUCCAAAUCUCUCUCCAUUCCGUCAUGAUGGAGGACCUCCAGAAACCGGAAGAUUCGAAGCAUCGUCACAUCAUGGUCUCUUCGAAUACGAAUUUGUCCGACCCCUUGGCCAACAUCCCCGGAUUCGUGUCAAAAUCCUGCCCGAACCUCGCAUCUCCACAAAAUUCGAUCCUGCCCUGGCAUUCUUCGUUGCCCGACCACCUAGAAACCGGCGAAGUACUCGGCGCCGGGGGCAACAGGCAUCAACACAUUACAAUUGCAGAAAAUUCUAUAGAAAGCCGUUUGAGAAAUAGGAACUUGGCCGGGGGUGGGAUUGGAAUGAGUUGCCCUUACACACCUCCACCAUCACCAAAAAAAAUAUCACCAAGUGUUUACAACGUACAUGUAAACAUUGUUAUGAAACCAUCAAGGCAUCCUAAUCUAAAUAACUCGCGCUAUGUGACUGUAGAUUUUAACAGUUUAGAUGUAAUUGUUAAUGUUGAAUCGUGGGUGGUUGUGUUGGAUUUUUUUGGAAUAAGUCACAUAGAUCAAGAUAUUCUUAAGGGGGAUGAAAAUCUACCAGGCAUACAAACUCCGACUACAGUGAAAUCUUUUACGGAACAGGCGGCCGGACUGGAUUCUGAGCUCGAGAUAACUGUAAAGUCGUUCAGUUUAAUGUUGAACAAGAACGAGUACGAAGUGGCUAGGGCAGUCAUGUCGAAUUUCAGCGCUCACCUUGUCACCAAAGCGGGCAGCAAUACGACUGAGACUGAAGCGAGCUUUGAUUCUUUUGUACUGUACGAUCUCACGCCACAGCACAGUUCCAUCUAUAGGGAGCGUUUUGUAACUGCAGGGCUCCAACUCUCCAUGACAAAAUUCAAUUCGCCUGAUUUAAAUACGUUGAGAACCCAUGAUAUAAAAUUGAAGUUGAACAUGACAUCAUUGGUCUAUGUGCAUACUCAAAGAUACGUUGCAGAGAUCCAGGCGUUCUUCAAUCUGUUUCCCCGUCUGAAAAGAGAAGUCGGUUAUUUCCGAGGGAAUGUUUUGGAAAAUGAUGAAAAUACAGUUUCAACAAGGUUGCUUUUGGAAGUGCAUGCGCUUUCACCGAUCAUAAUCCUUCCGAUGAGCUCGCAGUCGACAUCCGUCUUGAUAGCCAAUCUGGGAAAUCUGUCUGUUAAAAACAACCUCUUGAUGUCCAACUCUCCUGAAGUCAUUCACAAAUCAUACGAUACUGGCAAAGCUGUUCUUCUUGAUGUUAUGAAAAUUGAAUUGGAAAGCAUGGAUCUGUCAAAAGGUGAAACAAUAAGCGAACUGAAGGGUAGUUCAGGGGAUGCGAUAUCUGUCGGAAGUUACCUUGUCGAAAGAAAAGGCUCCUCUCUGCUACGAGAAAAAUGCCAUCUUAGCCUUCAAGUUGACAGAAACUUGAUGAGCUUAAUUCACUCAGUACCUGAUAUGAGCAUCCAUGGAACUCUUUCAACUCUAGCGGCCAAUCUUACCUUAGAAGAGUAUAAAUUGAUAUCUGGUCUGCUCUCGUUCAACAUCGGCGAGUGCCUUGAUGACCUGCAAUUGCCCAAACACUAUUCAGAAAUCGUAAAAAACGAAGAUAACGUAAGUAAUUGAAAAUUUGCAAAAAUCGUCAUCCUAAUAAAUUUGUUUUUAAAGAUUGACGUCUGGGUAAACACGUACAUAAAGUUUGACCUUCUGGACGUCAGCGUCUGCCUUUUGACUCCGUACUGCAACUUAGCCUGCAUCAACUUUAUAAAAUCGAGUCUUACUGUGGAUAACUACAGCAACCGUACACAAGACAUAGACCUGGUAUCACAAGAGAUUCUUAUCACCGACAUCCGCUAUCAGGAUCAGCCGGCAAACAAAAGAUCGAACGUGUUCACAAAUAUCCUCCAACCCAUUCAAAUAGACGAUUCCGGAUCUGUCCAAGCACAAAUCCAUCACAGGAAAAACUUGGACUCUUCAAAAUUUACGAUCCUCUUGAACAACAUGAGGCUCAUGGCGAUUUUGGACUGGUGGGAGUCGGUGCAAGACUUCAUCAUGACAAAGCCGGAUUAUGUUCCGGCGCCUAGUGUCGUACAUUCCAUCAGCAGAGAGCAGCCUCUGUAUGUACAAGAGGCGCCGGAUAUACCGUUCGAGCUGAAACUCAACAUCACUGAUUCUGAAAUUGUCGUUGUACAAGACACCUCACAAUGGGACACAAACGCUGUGAUAUUAAAGAGCACAACUGUGAUUACAUACAGACCUUUGAAUAUAGCAAAACCAGUUUCCUUUAAUUUAAAUCACUGUGAAAUGUUUUCCUGCAUCCUCGGCAUGGAAGAUGAAACGGCAUUAUCGAUAAUAGAUCCAGUUACUAUCAAUAUGGAGAUAAUAAAACGAGAAGAUCUUCAGGGGAACAUAAGCAAAGUUCUCAGAAUGCACAUGCAACUCCUGAGCUUGAGACUGUCUUACCACGAUGUCUGCAUGUUUAUGCAAAUGCUCGAAUCCCUUCCUAGGCAAACACAACAGGCGAGGAAAGAAGCGGCAGAAACAUUCCCAGUUAAUUUUAAAAAUCAAAUAGAAAAAUUGAAAGGCCUGGGUUUCAAGACAGACGACUGCUGUGAAGCUUUAGACAAGUGUAACGGCCAGCUCGACGACGCAGCUCUUUGGUUAACCCAACAUGCAACGCCGAUUGUAAUUUCCAGCAGCCUUGGAACAAGCCCUAUCCAUGAAACAGGAGAAUCGCCGUUCUCAUUUACAGAUGUCGAAGUAGAAACAGACAGCAUUAGCUUAUGUGUCAUCGACGACUGUCGUGAUGCAGACGUACCCCUUGUCGAGUUCGUCCUGAACAAAAUCGAAAUGAAACUAAACCUCGAGAAAAAUUCAGGGUUGACAAAAACGGGACUUUCUGUUCACUAUUACAACAGGUUGCUUUCUGGUUGGGAGCCGUUCAUCGAGCCCUGGAGUUGCAAUAUUUGCUGGGAACAUAAACAUAAUGAUGAUACUUCAAAUAAAAGGUUGGAAGUAACAAUUGCAUCUAAGGACAAUCUCGACUUAAAUAUAACAAGCUCAUUAGUCGAAUUGUACAAGAGUGUCAAGGAAAUUUGGACGCAAGACUAUUAUAACCCUAAAGACAGUCAACUGAAAUCUGAUGAUGGAAGUAAAGGCAUCAUGAGUCCUCCUGGCUAUAGACGGAGAUCUCCUUUCAUUCCUUUCGCACUGAAAAACGACACAGGAUCAAGAUUAUUUUUCACAACAAUCACAACAACUGAAAACAAAUGUUCUUUGGAGUUUCUUGGUUGCAUGGAAAAACAGAAAACCCUUCCUGAUCCAAACGUCGAUUGGAUCACUGUUGAUCAACAAGGAAUCGUUCCAUUUACAUUCCACGAGAGGGGCAAGGUGCGUCACAGAGACACACACAAACUAUUGUGCCACCAAAUCUUGGUAAGGGUCGAGGGUUGGCAGCCGAUCGAUCCAGUCACGGUUGAUAGGGUCGGCAUUUAUUUUCGACAAGCCUAUCCAGAUCUUCAAGCUGUUUUGGACAUGCCUCAGGCCAGAGUCGUUCUUGAAGUAACUCUAGAAGGUAGUGCACGCAAACUUGUAACUGUGAGAUCAGCGCUUCAGAUUUCCAAUCAGCUUCGAGACGUUGUAGAAAUACAGUUGAACAAUAAACAACUUAAACGAGGAUCAGCCCCACUUCAUCUCAAAAUACCAUCUGGUGCAAUGUUUUCUGUGCCACUGAGCCAUGCCAUGGCACUCAUGAGUGCGAGGCCACUUAAUGAAUCAUCGCAGGCUAAAAAUAUAAGGUUUUCGAACAAGCCCAUCACCUGGCAGGAAGUUGACAAGCCAUGCCAAGCUGUAUUCGAAGCGAGACAGUGUUUAAUGAAUAACGGACAAUAUUACAGAUUUUGUGCAGCAAUUGUUCGGGAAAAUUACCCCAUUGAGAAAUAUCUUCCAUUGGCACCACCUUUAAAUAUAGCUUUGAUUCAACCAGCUCAUACAAUAACGUUACUUCCGCCUUUGACAAUUGUAAACUUAUUGCCUUAUGAGCUUUUUUACUCUGUCAAAGAUGCCCCUAAUGACAAUAGAGUUGUAAAGCCGGGGAUGCAGGAUACGACUUACACGGUCGACUUGGUAAAUUAUUUUGAACUUACGUUCAAUCUUGAAAACUUCACAAAACCCGGUGUCUUGCAGAUAAAUGGCUCCAGCGGCAAUUUCAUGACUAGAGUGAAGCUUUACGACCAGGAGAAGCGAAGGCUCCAUUUGAAUGCAAACGUCAUUUCUCAGCCUGGGGCCUGUGUCAAAGUGACGAUUUACGCACCAUUCUGGCUGCUAAAUAAAACAGCGAUACCGCUGGUUUUCAGGCAGGAAGGUGUUGCGUUGGAUACUGCUGGACAAUAUGAAGAACACGAGGUUGCCAGAAUGGUCGCACCACUGUUAUUCUCAUUUUCUGACAAUGAUUCUAAUCCGACAGUGACUGCAAGAGUUGGGUUGAAAGUUCAUGAUGACGGAACACCUCAGUUCUGUCAAGCGUUCACCCUUCAGUCGGGUGUAUUUGUCCGCCACCUCAGAAUAAGCCUUCGAGACAACCGGCCUGACCUGGUGUACGUUAUUGGCAUUGAGGUUCGAAAGGGUCGUGGAAGAUAUAGCAUGACGAACAUAGUCACUCUAUCUGCCCAUUAUCAGCUGCACAACAAGUCAAGCUAUAAACUACAAUUUGCUCAGAAAUGUUUUGCUUCCACAGUUAAUGACCCAGGAGCCCAGUCGACGUAUUUGACAGCAGUUCCAAAUUGUUCUCUUCCGUUUCACUGGCCGAGGCUGGACAAAGAUCAACUUCUGUGCCUGAGGAUGACUGAAGAGCCUCAGUGCAUGUGGUCCGGCGGUUUCAAAAUAGAUGGAAACAACUCAUUCCAUUUGAACAUCAGGAAUCCAAAUGGAAGGAUGUUCUUUUUACGGAUUGAAAUUGUUCUCCAGGGAGCGACGUAUUUCAUCGUAAUUACCGAUGCAGAUACAAUGCCUCCUCCGAUAAGAAUAGACAAUAUGUCAUUAGUCUCUCUCACUUUCCACCAGGACGGUUUAACGGGGCUUCCGUGCACUGUAAGGGCGCAGAGUUCGAUUCCCUAUGCCUGGGAUGAGCCGACAUUGCCACACAUUUUGACGCUUUCUGCGCCAGGAGGUGUUUCAGCGAAUUAUGACAUGAACCAGCUUGGCGAAGGAAGUUGCUUGACAUAUGAAAACUUCAUUUACAUUGCUUUCACAGGAACUUUUAAAAACAUGAGGGAGCAUAUAGAUAUGCUGGAUGUGGAGUGUCAACAGUUGGUUCUUGAUGUGCCCGAUGUGUCGACUGGUAAAGUCGUCCUGUCGAGGAAAAUUCAAGGAGAGAGAUCCCAGCUAUGGAGAAUGACCGCAGACGGUCAUCUACAGCAUGAAGGUUCUGCUCCACCGAGAGCUCGAUCCGAUAAAAUCAUGGUCCUUGAUAUUUGCGACCCGGCGCCUCAGCCCAAACAUUACGUCGGUCUCAAACUCCAAAGGCCAGAUAAAAGGCGGAGCUCAACGCAGAGUUGGAGGUUCACGGAGGAUGGAAGGCUGUGCUGUGUACACAACAGCAUGUGUGUCCAGGCAAAAGAUGGAUUCUACGGCCUGCAGAAAGGGGCAAUCAAUUCUGGUGUGCCUUGGCAGCUGUGGAGCGAUGCCGUCCUAGGGCCACCCCAGGCCGUCACGUACCAGACUACGGAGCAAGGACUCCCACUGGAACAAGCAGUGAGCCGGCAGCGGCUCUGGCCCGGCUCGGGUUAUCUAGCUGUCCACAUUGUAACAGACGGUCCAACCAGGGUUCUGAAGAUAGUCGACAUCAAAGAGCAAAAGAAAUCUAGGAUCAAAGCUCAAAAAUUAUCACGAAAAUGCGAUUGGGUUGACAUUCUAGGUGAAUCCUCUAGUAGUGAGAAGGAAGAGAGUAAAUCCAAAGAACUUCAUUUAAUUAUCGACCUACCAUCGCUUGGAAUAAGCCUCAUAUCUAGGAAUCCUCCUGAGGAGCUUAUAUUUGCAAGGCUGAGCUCGAUAAAGAUCAAUGUAGUUCUUAUGCCCAACUCGGAAUAUUUUGACGCCAGUGUACAAGACAUUCAAGUGGACAAUCAAGUGUUCGAGGCUCAGUGCCCGGUUGUUCUGUACGUCACUCCGAUCUCAAGAACUUCAGACACGAAUGAGGCUGCAAGACCAGCGUUCAGCAUAUCAGCCGAGAGGACGCCAACAAAAAAAUCCUACAAUGCGGAUAUAUUCAAGCAUUUAAUUGCUAAUGUGAAAAACUGCUCGUUAAUAAUAGACGAGAGGCUGCUUUUAAAACUUGUAUUGUUUACCGGCUGGUAUUCUGAGGACGAGACUGAAACAACGGACGAAAGCGAUUUCGAGACGCGAAGGAUACUAGCUGAAGCGGCAUCCGUUCAUGCCAAACGGUAUUAUUUUGGCCUUUUGAAAAUCGCCCUAACGCAAGUACGUCUGAGCGUGAUCACAAGCAACAAACUGAGCGAUAGACUGACGGCGAUUAAGAAAAAACUCGGUUUGACUCUGAUCCGAUUUGAGGACGCUGCUGUAGAGCUUGAACCUUUCAACAGGAAACAUUGCUUCGAGAAUCCACAAUUCCUUAUCAAUUCAAUACUCAAACAUUACAAGGAUGAAUUAAAAUGGCAGGCGGCUACUAUUCUAGUGUCAGUGGACUUUUUGGGCAACCCGCUCGGCUUUAUCAACGACGUUUCUGAAGGUGUGUCUGGCUUCCUGUCCGAAGGAAACGUCACAAAUCUUUUUAAAAACAUUGCACACGGGUUUUCAAACUCAGCUGCCAAGGUUACUGAAUCACUCGGCGAUGGAAUUGGCCGUGUGGUCUUUGACGAUACUCACGAAGAGAGGCGACAAAAGAUCAGAGAUGUCCAGACCGGCUCGAGUAGCGACCACCUCAUGGCUGGUCUCAAAGGAUUUGGUUUCGGUCUCCUCGGCGGUGUCACAAGCGUCUUUAGACAGACUUACGACGGCUACAACAAUGACGGGUUGCAGGGAACAAUUUCCGGUCUGGCGAAAGGAAUUGUAGGGACGGUCACAAAGCCAGUUGUCGGCGUUUUGGAUCUGGCGACAGAAACGGCAAGUGCCGUUAGGGAUUCAAGCAAAAGUUCCAGCAAACAAAUCCCAUCAAGACGGAGGCUUCCGAGGUGUGUGACGAGCCCAUCAGGCUUUCUUCCUCCUUACAACAAAAAGCAAAGCCAAGGACAAGAGUUCCUCUACAAGAUCAACAAUCACAAUUAUUCAGAGCUGUUUAUGGCUUAUGAAGUUUUAAGGAGUAUCAACGAAGACCUGAGAAUAGUAAUUUCAAGCGAGAGCCUCCGUGUGUUCAGUUGUAAUUCGAUAUCUAACGGCUUGGUUUGCGUAUUUGAAAAACAGUUAGAGGGACUUUACUACUGCAAACCACUCAAAGUGGCCAAGACGCCGAAAGAAGAGGUGCAUUAUAUAGAACUGACUAUGAAAGUAGACAAUGCGAGUUCAAUCAUGAGGAGCGACGGCGAAAAGAACGCAAGAGUCAGGUGUGACUCCGAGAGCAUCGCUUCUUGGGUUUCUCAACAGCUCAAUUUUGCCAAAGGUAGACACUUAGAGCGUCAGCAGACCCUGAUGGGUCGUAGUGAUGUACUGGAAGAGUGGACGACACCAGAAAAACAGAACGUACUAAUUUUGUACUAGCAUGUGAUAUCCCCCGAGUUUAAAAAAAAAUGGACAAAAUUUGUACAUAAUUUUUUGGCUAAUUUUUUAUGGCAAGAGUAUAAUUUAGUUUCAAAUCAAAAAAAAAAAAAAAAACCUUGCCUUUUAAGUUUUUCUUUUCUUUGGGUCACUUUAGACCGAUGUUUACCGUUUUUGUACUUUUAAUUAAAUUAAAUACAUAUUUUUAUAACAAAAAAAAUUCAGGUUAGAACCUCUUGUAUAUAUUGUGAUAAAGAAAUAAUUGUCUAAAAUCUAUCUAAAUGUCUUGUUUUAUUUUUAUUUUUGUGUUCUAAGUUAGUCAUUACGUUUAUAAAAUGUUUUCUUAUUUUGAGCUUUAAAUUAAAUUGAUUUAUUAUGUUUUAUUCAUGUGCAAUUAUAUAUUGCUUGUUAACUCAUCAAAACAGUAAUAGUAAAAACAAGACAUUUAUAUAAUGUUUUUUAGUUAACUAUGUAUAAUAAUUGUUUUUAGUCUGAUGGCCAAAGGAAACGUUUUCACUUUUUUAAUGAGUCCUAAUGCUCACUAGUCUUGAUAUUGUGUUUAUACAAAAUAAAAAUUUAAAUUGAUAUAUAUAUUUAUAUUUUGAUUAGGUUGUAAAAUAUUUAG